UACAAUCCUUAUCCUGCUUGCGAUUUUCCUUCUCCGAGGGGAUAUCUGAAAGCAUGCACCAGAGAUGCGGAUUCGUUACUUUUUUCUGUAUCGAUGCCCUGCUAGGUUCAGCUGUGGAUUUGCGGGUGAGCCGCGCCACGCCUGGGCAACGAGCAGAUCCUGCGCUGAUUGUGCUCCCUCGUGUAGAAACCUUUGCUUCCAGCUGUUCUAAACAAAAGAUUGAAGACCUACCAGUCAGAAAGCACUGAAGCACCUUCUUACUUAUUUAACCUUCCACCGUCAGAAUAGAACUACCUAGGCUACAUGGAAGAAGUUGGUGUAGUGGAAGGUUGAUUAGUCUCUAUGAAACCUCAGUGAGUUGCUCGUGCAGAGCCUAUUUAGACUGAGCAUUGAAUGCUAUUACAUUUUAACCGGCAUUUAUUUUAUAAGGGUUUUUCUAUGCCAGUUGUCAAAUAUAACCUGGAAGCAAGUUACAGCUGGGAGUGAGUGGUUAUUCCACAGCUUCAGCUUGGGUGUCAGCCUUGUAACAGAGGAACACCUCCCUCCUACAGCCAGAGAACAAGAAGCUCUUGGGCUGCAGAUCAAGAAAUAUGCAUGAACCACUGUGCUGUCUCCAUUAAUAGUUGUAAUAAGUUACUGCAGGGACUCUUCCCAGUUAAAACAGAAAGAGGCAAAGAUCUGAAUGUGGAAGAUGUUCAAAAGAAAAGGAAAUUCAGACCUUGAGGUCAUGUAGUACAGUUUUUUUGCUCAGAGCAGGGCUAACUUCAAUUAUAGACUGGGUUGUUUGGAGCUUCUGCCAAAUCUGGUCUUUUUUGUAGUCUUGUGUUUAGAGAAGGAACGGCAUUUCAAAUUUAUUUAAAACUUUUAUUUAUUAAAAGGCAGAAAGACUGUUGGUUCCAGCAACAUGGAGAAUGAUGUCAGCUUUAAGUUCCAUCAGCAGCUUCUCUCUAUUAGUGAAAAUCUGGUGACUGAAGAUGUAGUAGCUUUAAAAUUUCUCUGUACUGACUUGCUCCAACUCAGUAAACUAGAAGGUGUGAAGUCAGCAGCAGACAUCUUCAAGCUUCUUAUGGCUCAAGAAUAUCUGAAUGCAGAAGACACUUUCCUACUAGCUGAACUAUUAUACAGAAUUAAAUGUCACUCCUUGCUCGAAAAACUUGGUUACACCAAGGAAAAAGUACAAGAACAUCUGCAUGAGAAGGGAAGAGUAUCUCCAUACAGGCAGAUGCUGUAUGAAUUGUCAGAGAACAUCACCAGUGAGAUGUUGGAGCAAAUCAUAUUCCUCCUGCAAGACCAUCUUCCAAAGCGAUGGAAAAUUUCUUCUGCUUUAGAUUUGCUGACUUUAUUGGAAAAGCAGGGCCUUUUAACUAAAGACAAUGUAAAUAUACUGGAGGACAUCUUUAUGAAAGUUUCACGUGAUCUCCUGGAGACAAUAGAUUGCUACAAAAAGGCAAAAGAUAACAAGGCAGCUAAUUUUACACAAGUCUUCCCUGAAUUAAACCUGCAGCCGCGUGGAGAAUUCAGCAAUGCACAAAAUGAAUCCAAGACUAUGACAAGCUACAAAAUGGAUGGGCCACACAGAGGAUUCUGUCUCAUUAUUAAUAAUGUUGACUUCAAUAGUUGUCAGAGGAAGGGUUCUUGCAAAGAUGCUGACCAGCUGGAGAGAGUAUUCACGUGGCUUGGUCUGGAUGUGAAGACGUACACAAAUCUGACAUCUGAGGAUAUUAUAAAUCUCAUGGAAACUUGGCAGCAUGUGCAAGAUCACAAAGACAGGGACUGUUUUAUAUGUUGUAUUCUAUCUCAUGGAAGCUCAGGAGCAAUCUACGGGACAGAUCACAAACUCGUGUCAAUCCGCGUGCUAAUGUCCCACUUCACUGCCAAACAAUGUCCCCAGCUGGCUGCAAAACCCAAACUCUUCUUUAUCCAGGCAUGCCAGGGUAACAGUAUACAGCGUCCUGUCUUCCUUGAUGCUGAUGGACCAACUCCUGACUCGUCUGCCGUGCAAGAGAGAGUUUCUUUUUUUGAAAGUAUUCCCGAAGAGGCUGAUUUCCUCCUGGGCAUGGCCACAGUUGAUGGAUGUGUUGCUUUCCGGCACAUUGAGGAGGGUGCUUGGUAUAUUCAGUCCCUCUGCAGCAAGCUACAGUUGUUGGUACCAAGGGGUGAAGAUAUUUUGUCAAUUCUUACAGAAGUUAAUGAAGAUGUGGCCAGACGUAUUAGCCCUUCAGGGACAAAGAAGCAAAUGCCCCAGCCAGCAUAUACAUUGAGAAAAAAAAUUAUAUUCCCAAUACCUAUGGCCCCUCCUCCUUCAGAGCAACAUUGAGGCUUUUAAAACCCAUCAUUUUAUCGUCUCAUUUAAAUGCAGUUCAUCACACUACCUGUUUUAAGACACUUAGCCAAAACCCUGAGGAUCUGUUAGCUUCAAUGCAAGGUCUCAUAAAUUUUUUGUCAAACAAACUGGGACUGGAGGAGAUGCAGUUAAAACAAUCCAUGUGCCAGCUAUUUACAUCAUAUAUAUUUUCAGAGUUAUCAGUGUUGGAAGAACCACACUUCUGUCAUGUUAAACAUUUUUGUAUGUGCAUAGGCUGCAGAUACAAAGGUUUUUCCUGGCAGCAUAAGGAUUGCAUGUCAGCUCUCAUAUUUAAACCAGGAUUGUUAGUCGUCAUAAAUCAUGUUUUAUUUUGCAGGCUAACAAUUUUAAAUCCUGUUUCUAAAUCCACUAGCUAUGUUGAUAGAGAGAAAAAAGUGGGAAUGAAGAGAUAAAACCUGAAGUAGUAAGUGGAAAAGGAUUUCUUCAAUCUCUAAUGAAAAUUACAUUUAACUUAAUAAAGAACCAGUUACCAACUGAAAUCAGCAAUUUCUUCCACAGUGCACAUGGAUACCCUGAAAUGGCUGACAUAAACUUCACGUACAAUGAAGUUUUCCAAAAGUGAAUGAAGCCAAAAUGCUGCUUAUUAUUCCCUCUGUGAAACCCUGUGAACGGUUAUUUCCCCAUAAUUUCUGAGAAAAUUUAGGGUAGAAGGUUUGCAUGCUAUGAAAUACAGCAGUUACAUUAACUUUGUUAAGCAUUGCAUUUUUUAAUUAUCAUUUGUUGGUUUAGGAUCUUCAAUGCUACCAGUUUGAGAAGGCUGCUAUAGACUAAGCUGCUAAGAAUUUUUUGAGUUAACUAAAUAAUGCCAUGUUGUUUCAACACUUAUUAUGUAUGCCUAUGUCUUUCCUGUUUGUUACCGCAUUAAAUUCAUACUUUUUAAGAGCUUAGUGAGAUAAAAAUUUUGUAUUGGGGUAAGGGUUUAUCUUUGUUUCUGACAGAUUCCUACACUUUGUUGGGCUGCAUGAAUCAGUGAGGUUUCAACUGGUUCAGGGUUUAAGUUGAAGUGAAACCUUAUCAAAAUACUCAUUGUUAUAUAUGAUUAGCAAUACCUUAGGGUGAAGAUAGGAAAGAGUACUGUCCAGUGCUAUUGGGUGCAAUUUCUGGCUUGCACUAUUUUUAGGAGGGGAGUUUUGCAUCAUACAGACCAUUG